AUGCUGCAAAUUAUUCUGCUUCUCCUGCCUGGUGUUGUCAGUGUUGAGUGGGGUGUGAGUUAUCCUCCUCCGAUCUGUGCUGCGAGGGGAUCCAAUGUCACUAUUAACUGUACAUUUAUUUAUCCACAUGGAUAUACCGUUACGCAAGUGCGAUGGUGUUCAAUGAGAUCAAACACUGGUCAUUGUCAUAAUCCGCCAUAUGUUUAUGAUAGUGGAGAAAACAAUAAUCAAAUCAACUUUCAAUACAUUGGAAACAAAACCUCGGAUUGUUCACUUUUGAUCAGUAAUAUUAAUCAAUCACAUUCUGGAGUGUAUAAGUUUAGAAUUAUAACCAAUGAGGAAAAAGAACGUUGGACAGGUGAUCCUGGAGUGGAUAUUUCAGUACACGAUUUAAGCGUGUCCAUGUGGAGGUCAAGAGAACAUGGAAGCACAAAACCUGGAGACUCUGUGAAUUUGACAUGCACUCUCAACUGUUCUGGUAGUUUAGCUGAGGUUCAGUGGUUUAAGAACGGUGAUCUGAUUCAUCAGUCAGAUCCCGUCCUCACUUUCAGCAGAAUAACCGCUAAAGACUCUGGGAAUUACUCUUGUUCUUUGAGACACUUUAAAACAACUGUGUCUGAAGAAUUUGCCAUUUACAGUGAAGAAUUUACCAUUUACAUUGAAGUUCUGAUUAUUGUGGUGUCUAUAUUCUCACUUGUUUUCAUCACUGCAGCUGUGAUUCUUAUAAGAAGGAAAGCAAAAACUCAAAGAAAACCAACGGAAGAAAGAAAAGAAGAAGUCCAGGAUUCUCUUUACAGCCCCCCUCAAAAAACUGCUUACACAAACCUACCGGAAGCCAAGGAUAUACAGCAGGAAGAUGAAGUAGAAUAUUCAUCUGUCAAUAUUAAACCCAGACAAACGAUUCAAAUGUCUGUAAACGCAGAGAAGCAGGAUGAUGCCACCAUCUACAGCGCAGUGAUGAACAGUUAA